AGUAUAAAGCUCCACAGGUGGUUAAAUGUAGCAGCAGGUGCAUCUUUGCCUCACAGAGAGAGGUUACACAGACAACAGUGGAAAUUAUACAACACAUGCUCACACUGCGGAUUGUCCUGGAGCAUUAUUAUUUUGCAUCAUAUUGUGGCUCCUGCUUUAAGUGUCUCCAUGUCAUCACCGUGCCUCAGCAGCGUCCUGACUCAUGCCAACCUCACCAUGUAUCAGACUGGCGUCUCUGAUGUACUGCAGCAGCAACCCAGUGUGCUGCCCAGCAUCAACAACCUGCAGAUCAGAAAUCCAGCUUACAACUCAAACACAAACGGUCAGUGGUACAAGCACAGCAACCCUCACUGCUGGACACCAGACAACGUUCUGGAGUGGAUCAGCGACUACGUAGAGAGCACCAAGUUCGAUGCCAGCACCCUGAGUCUGGCCUACUGCGCCAUGGACGGCCCCUCCCUUUGCCAGAUGAACCGGGACCAGAUGACUGGGGUCUUCGGCCCGCAGCUCGGUCUACAGCUCCACCAGAGUCUGCAGGAACACAAGACCAAAUAUGAGCUGCAGAGCCUGUCAGGACCAGAGAUGAAUGAGACCUGCCAGCUCCUGGACAACUUCCUGGACAACCUAAACUUCCCUUUACUCAGCACCAUUAGAAUUGGCCAAGCUGAAGAAGCUGUCAGCAAGAGGGAGUUUGACUACAGGGAUGAUUAUGAUCUGACCAGUCUGACCAUGGAGCCCAUGACACCUCUGGGAGACACUGAGUACCUGUCUGAUAAUCAGUCUGACAGCGAGUAUAGCUCCUCCUCCAACAGUGGCAUGUUUAGCUUCUCAAGCCUCAGCUCACCAGAGUCUGGCAGUGGCGAAUCAGACCCGGAGUUCUCCUACCCUCUGAUUUCAAAGGUGGACAUCAAAACAGAGAAAGUCGAGGCUCGACUGAAGCGACCACGGGGACGACCUCCUAAAGUCAGCAGAGAGCACAGCAGCAGCAUUUAUGACAAUCCAAAGAAAAACAAACAUGCACCUCGUGGCACUCACCUAUGGGAGUUCAUCAGGGACAUUCUGAUCUACCCAGAGAGGAACCAGGGUCUCAUGAAGUGGGAAGACCGCCGCGAGGGUGUCUUUAAGUUCCUCAAGUCUGAGGCUGUGGCUCAGAUGUGGGGCCAGAAGAAGAAGAACAGCAGCAUGACGUAUGAGAAACUCAGCCGUGCCAUGAGGUAUUACUAUAAGAGGGAGAUCCUCGAGCGAGUUGAUGGCCGGAGGCUUGUAUACAAAUUCGGAAAGAACUCCAGCGGCUGGAAGAUUGAGGACAUUGGCACGGGCAUAUGAGACACCAGUCACUGAGGGGGUAGAAACCAAAAAGCCAAUCAGAGCAGUAGUUCAGGAACUAGAAAUAAUUGUGUGGUCUGUCUGGAAAGAAAAUCGUGCUGCCCCAGAUGUUUAAAACACUAACUUCCUCUUAGAAGGAAGGUGUUGCAGAAAAUGUAAGCCAGUGUUUUUGGCUCUAGUAGGUUUUAUGAACCAAUGUUAAUGUUGUACCUGUUUUGUGUUUUGAUUGUCACUACAGAAACUUUACUAUGUGCGCAGUAACUAAAAUGGACAUCGUUUUGGAUGCUUAUGAGUUUCUGUAAGCACCUAGAGGCUGAAAAAGCUAACUUUUUACGAUUAUACAGAAUUCACUCUGGUGUUUGUAUUCAAGUUUCUUUACUGAUGCUGGACUAACUCAUCCUCAUCUGUCACUAUGGAGUUUGUUUUGGUAUAUGGCCAUUAAUGACUGUACUGUGGCACUGGAAAUAUUAUUCUAUUUUUUUCUUACUUUUAUAUUACUGUCUUGUUAUUGUAAAAAGUCAGUUUUCCAUGUAAAUGUUAAAUUAGUUGUUGAUCUGAAUGUAGGACCAAGUUUGGAAAAGUCUUCUAUUGGUAAACUCAAUGUGAAGGACAGAACAGAGCGAGAUAAAUGUAGGUGAUGCUACAGUACUUCACAUUUAUAUAGUAAUGAUGUGCACUACAUGUCUAUCGGUAUCACUUAUUAUAAAGUGUGUUUACACAAUGUUUGAGUAAAAAGUAGUACUAUAUCACAUGUUCUAUACUUUAUAUGAUCAUCACCUGUAAAAACAGUUUGUAUGAAUCAGUCAGAAAUCAGUUGCACAUUGUUUGUGUGAUUGUUUUAAUGUGAUUAAUCCAUUUUGCAGUCAUCCACUUUGGGGUACUAAUGUAUAUGUAUGUGGAGUGAAUCUCAUAUCAUUAAUGAUAUAUCUUAAUUAAUGGCAUAUUGUUUUUAUAGAAAUAAAUUUUGACAUGUAUUACCUUC